CAGGCCACUACUAUAGAGAUAUUUGUUAGAAGAUAAUUAAGAUUGCUUUGUAUUCUCUCAACUCCAAAACUCCAAAAUAUGUUUUGUGUACAGUUUAACCGUUACUUUUAAUUACAGGGUUAUAUUUCAUCCAUAGCUGACAAGUGAACAACAUGAAAUAAAAUAUUAAUAUACGAAAUAUACAUGUGCCUUAGAUUUCUUACUUUAUUAUACUUAGUUGAUUUCUUAGAUAAUUUGUUCAUUAAUUUAUGUAUUACUUUUUAGGUCGUGCCGAGAGGGGAGCUGAAGCCUAUACAGCACCCGAACGAUGUGCGGACAGGGCCAAUACACCUGACUGCGAGGGCUGGAGAGAUGCUGGGUUCUGUACACAACAUUCGUCCAUGAUUUACCACUGCAAGAAAACUUGUGGAUUUUGUACAUCUAAUGCUUGUAUGGACCUGAAAUUUGAGUGCAAGAAAUGGGCCACUGAAGGAAAAUGUUCAUCAGACAAAGCUAACAUGGAUAAGGAGUGCCCCAAUUCCUGCAAGACUUGCAAAACCUGCACAAACCCAUCGCCCAAGAUCUGCGUGGACAGAGCCACGUCAAAAGAUUACGAAAUGUGGAAGUCAUCUGGGUUUUGCUCCUCGCACGAUGCAAUGAUUUAUCAUUGCAAAAAGACUUGUGAUUUUUGUUCGUCAGAUACCUGCCUCGAUAUAAAAUCUGACUGUAAGCAGCGUGCUAAAAAUGGUGAAUGCAGUAAAGUUUCAAUGGAACUCGAGUGUCGUCACACAUGCGGUUACUGUGAUGAAUGUACAACACCAGCACCAACGAAUCCGCCAAUAACAGGAAUUCCCACCGUUCCAACGACUUUGCCGAACAGAACUGGCGUGGGUCUGAUAUGUGUAGACAAACGUAAAACUUGUCCAACAUGGGCUGCUCAGGGUGACUGAAGAACCAACGGCUGGACCGAGAGUACCUGCCGCAUUAGCUGCGGUACGAAGUGCGACACUUACCCCAUCAAGCCAAAUGGAACCUGCUCUGAAGCCUUCGGUCUAGGAUGGCCUGGAAAUUACAAACUUCCGGACAGUGCGUUCAGUGCAUCGACAGAGUACAGACCAAGUGAGUUUGUAAUUACCCUAGAUUUAUAGAAUAGUUGACCAUGGACGCCAUUGUAAUCGCGCGCUGUAUAUUUUUUUUUGGGGGGGGAAAGGGGGGCUUGUUUAUUUUAUUUUAUAUAUCUAUUUUUUUCUCUUUCAAGUAAUUAUAUCUUUCCAGCGCAUAGAUGCCUGGUGCACACCCUAAGUGUAACCAUUGUUAUAGUUCGUUACUAAUAACGCGGUCCUUACAGAUAAGAAGUUCUUGCUUGUUUCGUCUUCGUGUUACUUGUUUCGUUGUUUUACUUAACGCCAUUUUACCUAAAGCUAUCCAGUAACAUAAACUUUUAACGUUCAUCUUUACUUUUUACAAUUUUGCGUUGCAUAGCUGGUUGGAGGGCAUCGGCGGACAAUGCACGUCUUUACUUUGAGGACGAUCAAGACAACAAAAGAAUUGGAGCGUGGUGUGCAACUGAUCGAGACAACCAGUGGCUACAGAUUGACCUUGGCAAAGCCAAGAAAGUUAGAGCUAUCGCCACGCAAGGUAAACCAUACAGCUAACUCAUUCGUGUUUUCUCUGACGUGGCAUUGAUUUCUUUCAACGUUGAGUGUUUGCUUUCGUUUAUGCGUUUGCCAAGCUUUUUCACUGGUCUUCACAUAAGCUUAAAGUCGCGCAAUUACAAAAAGAAAUGCUUAUAACAUAACAGGACUGACUAUAAACUGACUCGAGCCAACAUUCGCGAGUCGAAAAAGUCAAUGAGAGUUACGGAGUGAUACAGGGAAAUCAAUGAGUGUCAAUACCAGUUAUUCGUGUAAACAAUAUACAAACAAGUACUGACUCUGCGCUUUUUUCUUUGCAAAACUAUUUUUAAAGGUCGUGACGUUUUCCACGAGCACGUCAAAGAAUACAAACUGGCCUUCAGUGAUGAUGGAUCUAACUUCCAGGUUUACCAAGAAAAUGGAAAGGAAAAGAACUUCAUUGGUAACUGUGAUCAUUUCACACCGGUGUUGAAUACAUUCACCCCCGUCAAAGCCAGAUACGUUAAGAUCCUUGUUGGGAAGUCCUCAUAUCCAUGCAUGAGGGUUGAACUGUAUGGUUGCAAAGUCUGACCGUAGUAAGCUCUCCGCCUCCUUGCAGCAAUCAGCUUUACCCCAGUAGAGUCCAGCUUAAUCAUUUACACUGCUGUAAUUGUCAACU